UUUUUUUGCGCAUGCGCUCUUCUUCCUCAAGUCCUCAGUGAGUCAAAUCUACGACACACAUCCAGCAGAGAGGAGCAGCAGCACCACUAUAUCCUGCUAUCCUGCAAGACCGAGACAUUUCAUAUGCAUUGGAUUUGUGAGUUCACCUGAUGUCGGCACCCUCAGGGGGUGGGAGGGUCUGCAAAAUCAAAACCCAAUAACGACAGUUGAAACCUCCAACUUGCACUCACAUCUAUGACCUCCCUCAUGUUCCCGCAGAGCACAGAAUAGCUCGUUCUAAAUCCACUGUUGCAGAGCUAAAAGGAAGGGACUUAUUUCCAACAUGGAGGGCGUAGCAGUGGACAACCUAAUAGACUUUGACCUGCCCUCAGAGGCCACAACUCUUAGCGUAGAUGGAGGCCAACACCAAGGCCAUACAGACCUUUUCUCCCCAGAGCCUCCCAUGGGAGUCCACCAGCAGCCCUUACUGCCAGAGCCCAUGGCGCCAACCAAGCCUAGCCCUCACCACCACCACCACCGCCACCACCACCACCACCAAGAGGAAGGAGACAACGACAGCGAUGCUACAGAGUCGGCAGACAGCGAGAACGACAUGGACCCGCCCUCUCACAUGUGGGAGCUGAGGAGGUCGUCGUCUUCGUCCACUCACAGUGGAGAGGACGCCGACACUGAGACGGUGGAGCGAAGGCAGUUCAUGAAGGCUUAUGUGGAAAAGGUGUUUCAUGGAAAGGAGGACUUUGACCAGGAAGAGAAAGCUCGCUUUGGAGAGCUGUGCAGUGGAGAGAAUGGCAAAGGCAGAGAGUGGUUUGCCAAAUACGUCAGUGCACAGCGCUGCCACUCUAAAUGUGUGUGUGAAGCCACCUUCUACAGACUGGUGCAGUCCUUUGCAGUUGUAUUGUUUGAAUGUUACCAGAUGGAUGACUACAGCCCAGCCAAAAACCUCAUGACUAUGUGCUUCACAUACUACUACAGUGGGAAGUCUCAACCAUCUCCUUCAGAGCUGCUGGAUCGUGGUGGUCCUUCCCCUGCUCUAGACUCGUACAUCAACAAGGCGAACUCCUGGCUGUCUGUGAAGAAGGAUGCCGCCGAGCGCCUCCUCAAAACCACAUCUAAGACUGACGUCAAAGGCUUCUUUGGAGGCCUAGAGAGCAAGCUGAGAAGCUCAAUGGCUCCCAAGACUGAGGAUGGGGAAAGCCCAGUUGAAACCAAGCCCAAAUCACCCGUGUCUGAGGCUCCAGAGGAAAAGAAAGGAGAGAAGGUGUACCUGUACACCCACCUGAAGCAGCAACCCAUCUGGCAUACACUACGAUUUUGGAACGCUGCAUUUUUCGAUGCCGUCCAUUGUGAGAGGAAGAAAAGAUCACCAACCACAAGGGGAACGCAGGAUGAAGAGAAAGACGAGAGGGAGAAGUGGUGUCAUAUGACCCAGGAGGAGAGGGACGACAGCUCCAAAAUCGAUGAGAACAUCGCCUUUGGCCAGCUGGGGACAUUCACUCAUAACAUGCUGGCGUUUGGGCUCAGUAAGAAGCUCUGCAAUGACUUCCUGAAGAAGCAGGCAGUCAUUGGAAACCUGAAUGAAGAACAGUACAAGCUGCUGACUGACCACAUAGAGAAAAUGGCUGCAGAGUGAGUUUGAGGACAACAGCCUGCAUUUCAAAGUCUCAACACAACAGACUGACAGCACACGCAUCAGCAGUUUUUUUUUGCAAAUCAAUGCCACAGUGACCCAACUCUCUGUUUGACUGUUGUUGCAUUUGUGUGGUACACUGCUGAAAAUCAACAUAACCUACUGUACUGAACUGUGCCAUAGUUGUAGCAAACCCUGUUUAUCCAACUUGGUAGUGCUCCCCUGCGCCCUGUUCUGUAUUAGCAAUAAUACAACAUCAUCAGCUGGUUCAUACUUUAAUAUCUAUAACGCCUCUGUCUGUGACGUGCUUGACAAAAACUAGAAGCAUAAAGUGAAACCAGUAUAAAACCUAAACAGCCUCAGUAUGGCGUCACACACUCCGGAUUUAUAUGUUAUAGACGUGAUUAUAUAUCCUUGAUGCUGUUUCGUUCUGUGUUUCCUUGGUAACCAUGUUUAUUACAGGUUAUAGUCACAUCUAAAAGCAUCUGGUGAAACACAUUUUACAUAAAUGUCUAUACAGUUCAAACCAGACUUGGCUAUAAAAGAACACGGCAUGCCAAUAAUAACCCAUAGUGUUUUAAAGCUGCAGUAGGUAACUUUGAGCAAAUAUGAUAUUAAAGAUAUUUUUAUAAAACUGUCACUAUAUCCUGACGGUAGUGCAUCAUGUUCCUCCGGUGUCCCCCUGUGCUCCUAAUGGCAUUAGCUAGAUUUCAUCGUGCCCGAAGGAAAUCCGAGCCGAGGAGUCUCUAGAGCAGGUGUCAAUCGCUGCCAACAAAACAUGUGAACUCCGAUCAAAAUGUCAAACUAGGCAGCUUUGACCAAAUAUGAAUCAAUAUUCUGUUACUGUAAUGCCUAUUUCUCUCCUCAAAUGUUUUCAGAAACAUCUUGUAGUGUACUGUUUAGCUGCAAAAUGAGAAAGUUUGCUCCGGGCGAUCGGAGGUGCUUGGUUUUUUCUCAUUUUACAGCCAAACACAGUGGAAUCUUGCAAAUUAGAGAUGCUUAAAAGUCUGACUUUUUACCACCGUCUUGGAACCGUCCCGAAAAAUAAUUUCAACCAACCCGAUGUUUCCAAAUGUUAGCAUUUCACUUUGUUUUUGUCAUCUACAGUGGUUAUUUGCAUAAAAGCACAGAAUUCAAACAAUAAAGAAAUAAAUU